GGAUGCGAGGCGACAGACGCUGGCUUUAUUGGCUGCGCGGUGCUAAUAGAUUCUCUUCCUGCGGUGCUUGUGUGCGGAGUGCGCACUAUUGUCACGUUAUUAGAACAGCACGCACGCUCAGACGCGCGUUCCCUGCUUUUGUUUUUCAGACUGUUUGCGAUCUGCUCUGAAAAUGAUCCUCAGAGACUGAGGUGUCCCAGACUGCCACCUUCACUCAGGGUCUGAAACUUUAGCAGAAGUAGUUCUCGUCUCAGAGCUUCACAGACAUUUGUCUCCUAAUGGUGUUUGUAGGUUAACAGUCUCCCCGAAUCCUAUUAUAGUGUUCAAAUCAAGUCGUUAUUGCUCAUUUCUACGAAAUUAAUGCUCCAAAUUAAUUUGGUUUUGGAGAUAAUGGCCCACAGGAACGGGUGCUCGUGGAUUUUUGGCAACAUCCAGGUCAAGGAUCAUCGCUCCAGCAUGUCCAGGCCCAUGAUCACUCGAUCACCGGUGUCUCCCCUGAGCAACCAGGGCAUCCCGACCGCCGCACAGCUCACCAAGUCCAACGCCCCCGUGCACAUCGAUGUGGGGGGGCACAUGUACACCAGCAGUCUGGCCACCUUGACAAAAUUCCCGGAAUCCCGAAUCGGUCGUCUCUUUGAUGGCACAGAGCCUAUAGUCCUGGACAGCCUGAAGCAGCACUACUUCAUUGACAGGGAUGGACACAUGUUCCGCUACAUCCUCAACUUCCUCAGGACGUCCAAGCUCCUCAUCCCAGAAGACUUCAAAGACUACAGCCUGCUGUACGAGGAGGCGCGGUACUUCCAGCUGCAGCCCAUGCUGGCUGAGCUGGAGAGCUGGCGCCAGGACCAGGAGCUGAGCCGGGUGUCGCGCCCCUGCGAGUGCUUGGUGGUGCGCGUGGCGCCCGACCUGGGCGAGAGGAUCACGCUCAGCGGGGACAAGGCCCUGAUCGAAGACGUGUUCCCGGAGAUCGGCGACGUCAUGUGCAACUCCGUCAAUGCCGGCUGGAACCACGACUCCACGCACGUCAUCCGCUUCCCGCUCAACGGGUACUGCCACCUCAACUCUGUGCAGGUUCUAGAGCGCCUCCAGCAACGCGGCUUCGAGAUCGCCGGCUCCUGCGGCGGAGGCGUGGACUCGUCCCAAUUCAGCGAGUACGUCCUGAGGAGGGAACUGAGGAGGACGAGUCAGCGAGGCUCCAAUUCAAACAGGAUAAAGCAGGAGCAGCUGGACUAGAAGCCUCCCAAGCAGCAGGAGGCGCUGGACUUUUUUCUGUGGCGGCCUAGCGCUCGAUGCUGCAGAGCUCCGUGGACUCGGUUUGGGUUUUUCUUUUUGUUUCCUUGUCGAUGUUUUUGUUUUCUUAAACUUGAGAACCAUCUAGAGAAUUUAAAAUGAGGUGCAACAGGAGAUUUUUUUUUUUUGCCAUAAGAAGAUACAAGACGUUUGUUAAGUUUGAGAUUGCAGGGACAUUUGUGAAUGUCGAGCCCCCAUAAACCAAGUAAAAAAGGAUUUAUAUACGCUGGAUCCCCAAAAAAAGUUUGUUUUAAAACUUGGAGCCUACAUUAGGUUGAAUAUGAUUUCCACUAUACCCAUAUAAAUUUAAAAAAGGCUUUUAUUGCUUAUGUAGUAUCUUCCAUAGCUUGUCACCAGUGUCUUGAUGUUGCUGUCACUGGCAAAGUGUCUGCAAAUCAAGUCUGUUUUAAUCCCUCGCUGUAUAAAGGUCACUAAGUUGUUGCUUACAGUACAGAAUGUCUCGGUUGUCAUAAACGGUUAGUUUCAACAACGUCUUUUUUCACAAUUAACAUGAUGUUGAAUAUUGUGAUACCGAUGAAGUGGUUUUUUUUUUUUACUUUAAUGGAAGUUAUUUUAUUAGAUUAUAACAUUAAAUAGUUGAAAUUAGUAUCAUUAAAAUGAUACCCGGGAAGCCCGGACCAUUCUGUACGAAUAAAGAUUUCUUUUCAGUAGAUUAUAACUUCACACCAUUUGCCUCAUUGGGGAGUAUGAACCACUCGUCCCCGUGUACUAGCUUUGGAAUUAUUGAAUCAGAAUAUUCAUAACAGAGUCAUAACCUGUACAUUUGAUCAUUGUAUAUGUGUUUGUGUUUUUUACAUUGAAUCUUUUUAAAGCAAAUUUGCCUCAGACGUGACUGAACAGAUUAUUGUACCACCCAAUCCAAGAUCCCUUUUACUUGUUGCGCAUAUUGAUAUGAAGUUGGAUAUAAAGUAUUUCGGACAUGACUGACCCACCUACGCUCCCUAGAUUUGAGUAAAGAGGAUUGUAGCAAAAAAAGAACAAAGUGAAAUAAAUCUCAACUAAAGUUG